AAUUUGUUUACUUUCUUAAUUAAUGAACAUUCAAAACAUAUGCCAACGAUUAAUUAAAUCCUUUAUAUAUCUCCAAUAUAGCAAAUUAGGCUGUUAUUAGGAAAUAUGGCCACGUCAAAAUCAAUGUUCUGGAAACCGGAUGACACCGAUUUAUUUACUGCUGAAAGAGAAUCACAAAUUGAAGACCAAACAACAUCUCUUGUAUUUAAUGCAAAUCGUUCAUUGAAUCUCGUAGCGCAAAGAAAAAGACUUCCGAUUGCUCGUUACAAAACUGAAAUUCUUUACUGUUUGGAGAACUUUCAAACUCUUGUGAUUGUUGGAGAAUGUGGAUCGGGAAAAAGCACACAAAUACCUCAAUUUCUUUAUGAGCAUGGAUGGCACUCAAAAGGAUUGAUUGGCAUUACGCAACCACGCAGAAUAUCAGCAAUAACAUUAGCUACAAGAGUAUCCGAAGAAAUGGGAGAUGUAAUCGGAAGUGGAUCUGUUGGUGUUGCAGUUCGAUUUCUAAGUAAAUGUAGUGGAAAUACGAAGAUCAAAUAUAUGACUGAAGGAAUUUUGUUACGAGAAAUUCUUGCUAAUCCACUUUUGUCUCAAUAUUCUAUCAUCAUGAUCGAUGAGGCUCACGAAAGAAGUGUUUUGACAGACUGUGUUCUGGGUCUUCUUAAAAAGAUUGCAAAGAAACGUUCGUCAUUUAAAAUCAUCAUUUCCUCAGCUACAUUAGAUGCUGACUUAUUCUCCGAUUUCUUUAAUUUUAAAACAAAGCAAAGUCCUAAAGAUACUUCAAUGAUUCUAACAGUUGAAGGACGAAUGUAUGAGAAUCCAAUUUUUUAUCUACAAGAACCGUGUGCAGAUUAUGUUCGUGAAACUGUCAACACAGUUAUAAAGAUUCAUUCCAAAGAAGCGCCAGGUGAUAUUUUAGCUUUUCUGACAGGACAGGAAGAAGUUUAUCAAGCUAUUAACAUGCUUCGAGAUCACAUGGAAUUGUUAGGACUUGAUGAGACUCAAUUAAAAGUUCUUCCAAUGCAUGGUUCUCUGACACAUCAUGACCAACUUAGAGUUUUCUUCCACACACCACGGUCAACAAGGAAAGUCAUCAUAGCGACAAAUAUAGCCGAGACUUCAGUCACUAUACCUGGCAUAGCUUACGUCGUUGAUUGUGGCUUCAUUAAACUUAAAUGGUAUGUUGCAGAACAUCAAAUGGACAUGCUUAUAAUAGUUCCUGCCUCUCAAGCUUGUUGUCGACAAAGAGCUGGACGGGCAGGAAGAACAAAAAGUGGAAAAGUUUUUAGACUUUUCACAGAAGAACAUUAUAAUCAACUUCCAAUUGUGAAACCACCGGAAAUGCGACGAACUGAUCUCUCAAUGACAAUCUUAAGCUUAAAAGCAUUGGGAAUUGAUAACAUUCUUCGUUUCAAUUUUCCUUCACCACCUCCAGCUAAAAAUAUGCUUGCAUCGAUUGAAUUACUUCACGCUUAUGGCGCUUUAGAUGGCGAAGGUCAAUUGAAUUCACCAGAUGGUUACAUGAUGGCUGAAAUGCCUCUAAAUCCUGCUUUAUCAAAGAUGCUGCUAGCAUCUUGUGAUUUAGGUUGCAGUGAUGAAAUUCUCUCGAUUGUUGCAAUGAUGCAAGUUCAACAAUUUUUCUCACGACCAAAUUCAGGUCAGGGAGCGAUAAAUGCACGACGAGCUCGUAGAAAUUUUGAAGUUGCUGAAGGAGAUUUAAUUACAAUGCUAAAUGUUUACAACGCUUUCGUCUCAAACGGUUGUACAAAAGAAUUUUGUGGUCAAUAUCACAUCAUGUAUCGACAUUUGAAACGUGUGGUUGAGAUAAGAAAUCAAUUAGCAUCGAUAAUAGUGAAACAAUUCAAAUUGAAACUUGUUUCAUGUGGAACAGAAAUAAUUAAGAUUCAAAAAGCAAUAACUGCUGGUUUGUUUCCAUUUGCUGCUUAUCUUCAUCAUUCUGGUUCAUAUCGAAUGGUGCGUGGUGAUUGUGAAGUUUCUAUUCAUCCAACGUCGUGUCUUUACACUGAGAAACAACCGUCGUGGAUUGUUUUUGCUGAAGUUUUACACACAACAAAGCUUUUUGUUAAAGACAUUACAGUUAUUGACUCAAGAUGGCUUCUUGAACUUGCGCCACAUUAUUUUGAUAAAUCAACAGCUCGAAAUUAAUAUCAAAACUUUAAUAAAUUAAAAUAACAAUUGAAACUUU